AUGCUUAUUGAUCAAGGUUCAUGGGAAGCAGAUGAAAUAUUUGCAGAUCACAACUACAACAAUUCUUCUGUAUUAUGUUGUAUAAUUUACUACACUACUGGGUACGUAUCAAAGAAGAUUGCAAAAAAUACAUCAUGUCAAAUUUGCUUGAGCGCAUUAAAGACUAAUGAUAAAUUUGCUGAUUUGCCGGAAGCUGAGUUGAUUAACUUAAAAUCAAAAGGAGGAUUGACACAUCCCAAUUUACGCUUGUUUCAAUUUCUAUACAAAGUAGAAGAAUGUUUUGCUAAACACUGUAAUCAAAAAAAUGUGUUUGAUCUUACAGUUGAAGAUGCUUUAAGACUUAAGUUUUCAUUUCCCUGCUUUGAACAUAAAAAUGAAAUUGUCACAUCUAUUCUGACUAAUUUCAUUGUAAUGCGAAUGCGCCAAUUUGCUGUUCAAGAAAAUCGCUUUGAUAUAAAAAAAGCAGACAAAAGAAAAAAAUUGCCAAAUUGA